AUGUCGCAGGCGUGGGUGCGACCCUUGCUCUUAGCGGGAUGUCUUCAUGGCGUCUUUGCAGAAUGCAACGUCUACCUGGAGACUGAGACGAUGAAGGGCCCGGGUGUAUGCACCGAAGCCGGAGUAGAGGCCAUGACAGCCCCGGAGGAGAAACAGUUGGCGCAGUGCCUUCACGAGUGUUGGGCCAGCUAUGUCAUCACUUCGCAGCCGGCUAAGGGAGCCAAUGCUGCGCUGGCGAAGCCAGAACGGGACAGCUGCUCGACGAAUUUCGAGAUUGUUUGCAGCACUGUGGAGCUUUCCUGCGCCAAGCCCUUCAGUGAGUUCCCAAAUGCCUGCAGCGGCACCGUGCCCCUGGCACAGAUGCCAGCCUACUAUUUGGCCUUCUAUGCUUACAGCCAGGACGUGGGAGGCGGCAACUCAGAUAAGAUGAUGGCCGCCCGCGUGGUUCGUGACAAGGACACGAUCUGUUCGUCAAUCUAUGGGGUCAGGAAGGCGUCUAAUGACAACUGUUUCGGCCUCACCACCACCAUCAACACCGAAUCUCACGAUGCGGGCCCGGGGGUCGACCCACCUCAGCCGCCGGCAAUCGACAACAUGCCCGCCCAGUUUCCGGCCGUGGAGCCGAACAAAGAGCAGCCCGAAACCUCCAGCACCAGCAGCACUAGCACGACAGCUGCCCCCGAGCCUGACGGCAAAGCAGUUAAGCAUGGCCUUGGCGAGAUCCUUCCUUGGCUGGCGGCUGGGUGUGCGGUCCUCCUCCUGAUAGGGGCUGGGCUGUACAUUCGCCGUUCCAGGCAAGCCGAAGAGCAGAGGGCUCUGAGGACUUCGACGGAGGUGGAGAUUCAAUCCGUGAACUCCCUGAAUCGCUUCUGA